UCUCUUCUCAACCGUGCAUUUGAAUGGAAACUUGUUGCGUUUCCACAUUUAUCCAUAUUUUAGAUUAAAUAAUUCACCAUUUCCUCUCAUCAGUUUGAAAUGACAAAUUUCCAUUUUCAUUUUCCUUGUUAAAUUCACUGCUCAACCUCUUCACUGAACUCAGAUCCUUGAUGUUAUCCUCAUCUCCAAAGAGUUUUUUCCUUGAAAAUUUUAUAAAUAAGACCAUUCCAUCAUAAGUUUCAUACAAUUUUUUAUUUUUUUUGCAGAGAUACUAGUUCUAUGUAACAGCAAUAAUGUCAUGAGGAGGACAUUCGUAGGAGAGUGUGUAUGAUGCCCUGAAUGUACUCAUGGCAACGGACGAAAAGGAAAUUCAGUGGAAAGGUUCACCUACUGCACAUUUGAAAGAUAUUGAACAGCUGAAGGCUGAGCGAGAGCGGGUUAUUACUCGGAUUAACGAAAAAAGGGCUUAUCUACAUAAACUUGAAGAGCAGAUAACAGGCCUUCAAAACCUAGUUUUGCGGAAUGAAAGGGCAUCGAAGUCAGGAAAUCAUCCUCCUGAAGUUGUCGAAUUGCCAUUUAUAUUGGUAAAGACUCAACCUCAUGCAACUGUUGACAUUGCGAUAUCAGAAGAUAUGAAGUUAGCUCACGUUGAAUCCAAUAGUAUGUUUGAGUUACAUGAUGAUGCAUGUAUACUGAAAGCAAUGCAAUUUUGCAAAACGCCAUAAAUUUAAUGAAAGAGCAGUCAGUGGAGCCGAAUUUUAUAACGUACACUCACCUUUAUCUAACAUGUAUAAUAGCUUCUUGUUAUCUCGCUCAAAACAGACAGAUGAUGCUGAUUUCUAUUCUCUGUCAGGAAUAUUCUCUGUCAAGUAUUCCUGAUAGGAUCUGUGAUUCCUCUCUUGUCCUGGGCAUUUAAAAGUACACAUGAAGAACUUCACUUGAUGGUCGAUGAGUUUGUUGCUCAGCAGCUUUGUACUAAACAGUUCUUACUUUGUUCUUUUCAUUUCAUUAUUGUAAGUUGUAUGGGCCUUUCAGCAUGUGGGGUGGCCUCCACUGGGUAAAGUAAUAUAUUUAGAUGAGUGUAUUAAGAGUAGUGUAUAUUAUUGUGAAAUGUAAAGACAAACUUGGUUUCAUCAUACAUCAAACAGGGCUAUUCUGCAGUACGUUUUUAGCUGGCUUCUUUUCAUUUCAUCAUUGUAAGUAUGGGUCUUUUAGCAUGUGGGCUGGCUUCCACUGGGAAGAGUCAUAUAUGUAGUCUGAGUGUGUCAGAAUAUUGUUUACUAGUAUGCAAUAUUAAGACGAAUUGGAUUUCAAGUUA